AAUUUUCAAAAUUGCGUCAGGCAGUCAUUGCGUUAUGUUGCAUUAGCGCGUUGUUGCGACACAAGUAGAGAAUAGAAAGAACAUCAUGAUCAUGAUUUUAUUUUACAUCGUUUCGGUUUGUUGAAGGGAUUGGCCGUGUGUUGGCCUGCCCUACAACCAAAGAAUUAUAUUAUUUCUCCGCCGAUUUCUGUUGCAGAUUGCGUGUGCAAACGACAGAAUUACAACGUCAUUAGAAAUAAACCGAAACAAUCACGAAGCACAUUGGCCCAUAUCACUUCGUUCGUCUUAUCAAGACCCACGAAAUAACAGUUUUAGCACUUGAACUUUUAGCUUAAUGCUCUAUCAUCGUCGAAGCCAUCCCUAUGCUAGAAAUGAGACGAAAAGGGCUACGAAUGAAACAAAUUUGGCCUACUUGACAACCAAAUCAUCCACUGGAAAAAUCAAUGAAAGUCGUCGAAGUUUGGAUACAGUCCGUUCUCGUGUGAACGCUAAUGAAAAUACCAAUUCAACCAGACAAAAUGUACAUAAAAUCGGACAGUAUUUGAUAAUAGAUGCAAACCCUGCCUCUGCUUUCUCUCGUGCAAUCAACUGUCAUAAUCGUACGGAACUGACAUGCAAGAUUGUAGAUGCUAAAUGUUUGGGUGAUGUGUUGGCACCUUACAGUCGACUAGAAUCACACGAAAACAUCAAUGACAUUAUUGAUGUUAUUGUCGGUGAAAGUAAAGCAUAUAUAUUCAUGGCAAACUCUUUCGGUGAUUUACAUAGUUACGUUAAAACGAAAAAACGUCUGAGGGAAGAUGAAGCUCAAAAAUUAUUCCGUCAAAUCGUCAAUGCAGUUUGUCUUUGUCACGAAGCCGGCAUAGUUCUUCGUGAUUUAAAACUGAGGAAAUUUGUUUUUAGAAAUAAAGACAGAACUGAAUUGAAACUAGAAUGUUUGGAAGAUGCACGUGUACUGGAUGGAUUGGAUGAUACACUAGAAGAUAAACAUGGAUGCCCAGCAUAUGUUAGUCCCGAGCUCUUACAUAACUCUGAUGGAUAUUCUGGAAAACUUGCUGAUAUUUGGAGCCUUGGGGUGAUGUUGUACACCAUGCUUGUUGGGCGUUAUCCCUUUCAAGAUGUUGAACCUACGGUAAUGUUUUCUAAAAUUCAACGUGGACUCUUUGUUGUUCCCGACUCCUUAUCUUCCAAAGCAAAAUGUCUUAUCAAAUCAAUGAUGAGGCAAGACCCUAAACAAAGAUUAAGUGCCUCAGAACUAUUGGAGCAUCCAUGGUUCAAGUCAACCAAUCUGUCUUCUUUAUUGUACCGUUAUGAUAAAAAAUCACAUGAUCAAACUGUGCCUAGCAUGACCAUGGACAAAUCUUUUUUUGUCUCACUCAAGGGUUAUCCUACUUUAUAAUAGUUUCUAUGAGCCGUCAUACUAUUGUGUAAAUAUUUCAUUGUGUGAUGUGUAGAAUAAAGCACUUCUAAAUUGACUUUGCUUGUUAACUGAGGGACAGUUCACUCUAACAAAAUGUAAAUGAGUUCAUUAGGAGAGAUGUUUGAGGGAAGGGAAUUUUUGAGGUGGGGAACUUGAAGAACUUGUAUAAUCUACUGAACACUGCAUUUUUUUUGAAAUGAAAUGCCCUUAGCAAGUCAAGCACAUACAGUGCUCAUAUUGUGACUGAUAUUUUGAUCAUGUUUCCAGUUAUGCUUAUGUUCAUUGAUGUAUAAAGUAUGGGGGCAUUGUAAAUAAACAGUUUAAGAUGAAUAUACCCAACUAAUUGGACACUUUGAAUGUUUUAUGAUAUUAAGGAUAUUUUCAAUUUAGGAGAAACGCUACAAAUAAAGUUUUACUAAUAAUAAAUCUACACACUAUCUUAAUUAAAUAAUUGUUAAUUAUUUUCCUUAUCGCGCCCGACAUACCAUGAUGGUAGUUUGAUAGACAAGAAGAGAGUGAUUUGUUCAUUACUUUGGUAUAAUAACAACCAUGUCAUUAAUUUCCUAAAUGUUGUUUCUUAAAAAAAUCUAAUUAUUAGUUGCUAUUAUGUGAAAUAAAUGAACAAGUGCAAA